GCGCCCGGACCCCUUUCCAAGCCAGGGCCGGGGGCGGGCCCGGGUCCGAGGCGGAUCCUGGCACCACCAUGCGGGGCGAACUGUGGCUCCUGGUGCUGGUGCUCAGAGAGGCGGCCCGGGCGCUCAGCCCCCAGCCCGGAGCAGGACAGGAUGGAGGUCGAGCCUCUGGGUGGGCCACCACGGGGACCACGCGGGCCUGGAAGCGGAGAGCUCGUGAGACUCUUGGACUGGUGUUGGAGCCAGAGAGGACCCAGCUGAGCCAGGACCUUGGUGGGGGCACCCUGGCCAUUGACACACUGCCAGACAAUGGGACCAAGGUGGUGGAGGACAACCACAGCUACUACGUGUCUCGCCUGUAUGGUCCUGGUGAGCCCCGAGGCCGGGAGCUAUGGAUGGACGUGACUGAGGCCAACCAGAGCCUAGUGAAGGUCCACAGAAUCCUCUCCAGCAGCCACCGGCAGGCUUCGAGAGUGGUCUUGUCCUUUGAUUUCCCUUUCUAUGGGCAUCCUCUGCGGCAGAUCACCAUAGCAACUGGAGGCUUCAUCUUCAUGGGCGAUGUGAUCCACCGGAUGCUCACAGCCACUCAGUACGUGGCCCCCCUGAUGGCCAACUUCAACCCCGGCUACUCCGACAAUUCUACAGUCGCUUACUUUGACAAUGGGACAGUUUUUGUAGUUCAGUGGGAUCACGUCUACCUUCAAGGUCGGGAGGACAGAGGCAGCUUCACUUUCCAGGCAGCCCUGCACCGUGAUGGCCGCAUUGUCUUUGGCUACAAAGAGAUCCCCAUGUCUGUCCUGGAAAUCAGUGCCUCCCAGCACCCAGUCAAAGCAGGCCUGUCAGAUGCCUUCAUGAUUCUCAACCCAUCACCUGACGUUCCAGAAUCUCGCAGAAGGACCAUCUUUGAAUACCACCGUGUCGAGCUGGACCCCAGCAAAGUCACCAGUACAUCAGCUGUAGAGUUUACCCCUCUGCCAACCUGCCUGCAGCAUCAGAGCUGUGAAGCCUGCAUGUCCUCGGACCUGACCUUCAACUGCAGCUGGUGCCAUGUCCUCCAGAGAUGCUCCAGUGGCUUUGACCGCUACCGCCAGGAGUGGCUGGCCUACGGCUGUGCCCAGGAGGCAGAAGGCAAGACAUGUGAGGAUUUCCGAGACCAAGAUCACUACUCAUCUUCUCCUGAUAGUUCCUUCAGCCCUCUUGAUGGAGACCUCACCACCACUUCCUCCUCCCUCUUCAUCGACAGCCUCACCACAGAAGAUGACACCAAGUUGAAUCCCUACGCAGGAGGAGAUGACCUUCAGAACAACUUGUCCCCUGAGACAAGGGGUCCUCCAGUACACCUGGGCACCAUCGUGGGCAUAGUGCUGGCAGUUCUUCUCGUGGCAGCCAUCAUCAUGGCUGGGAUUUACAUCAACGGCCACCCUACCUCCAAUGCUGCACUCUUCUUCAUCGAGCGGCGACCUCACCACUGGCCGGCCAUGAAGUUCCGGAACCACCCCAGCCACUCCACCUACACAGAAGUGGAGCCCUCGGGCCAUGAGAAGGAGGGCUUCGUGGAGGCUGAGCAGUGCUGA